CUUCUCACCCUCCUUUAAGGCUUUUGCAGAAACGGGGUGCAGAGGUUGAUUUCACACAUUUGCCUUCUUUUUUUUAAAUACCAUCUCUGCAUUUUGGACUGUGGGGUGAACAUGGGAAGGUUGAAAUUCUGAGAAAAAACAAGGGGAGGUUUUUUUUUUUUGUGUGUGUAUUGGAAGCUCUGAAGCGUGAUAACAAUUUGUCUUGACCUACCUUGAGUUCUCCAACAGCCACCACUGACUUGUUUGAUCUCUGGAUUUUAACCAUACGUUGUGUCUUUGCAGACUUUGUGUCUACUCUGGUAGCUAAGAGCAGUUUUCACUGUAACUCCUGUCAUCAUUAAUCAUUUAAAUUGUGUACAUCUGCAAGUAUACGUAGGGGCCUUCAGCCCUCCAAGUGGAAGGUUGGCGUGUACUGUCAGAACUUGAUUUCACUGGAGGUACAGGUAUAAGCUCUGCUUCAGUACAACACCCUCUCACCCCUAAAGCCUGCUGGCACAAGUAGCUAUAGCUGAAGGUGGUUGGUUUGGUGCUCUUACUGGACUGAUGAACUGCUAGACAUGAAGUCUAAUUCACACCAUUUUCACAGUAAAGCCCUGCCACCAGAAUAAAAAUGAUUUUAAAAGAGCAUUUCAAUAAUUGCAAGCUUCUUCUUAGUGCAUAGUAAAAAGUUUUUUACAUAGUAAGAAAAGCUUGCAAUUAUUGAACUGUUCUUUUAGAAUCUUCAUAUCUUCAUUCUUGUAAUACUUUAUAUCGGUGCAAGGUUGGGUGAAACUGUGAUAGAUUAAACCAAGCAGCUGGAUAAAAUUCCAUGCACAUUCUUGCAUCAGAUUUACAGAGUUGACUUCAGGCAGCCUCACAGACUGCUUGUAACCGUAUGCAAAUAUGGCAAGUAUAUAAUCAGAGAAGUCUGUGUCUAGUUCCUUCCUUGCCUACAGCACUAAUUUUUGAGGCUUUUGUGUUCCUGUGUCCUAGAUUGAUAAAGCAGUUUGGAUGUUCUGUCCUGCAGCUGUGUUGUGUACUAAGUACUGUGCACUGCAAAACACUUCUGGAGUACAACUAGAGGUGCAGACAUGAUUUGUAUGCCCUUUGUUCGUAAAUAAGGAGCUCUUCACGAAUUGCUUGCUCUGUCAUUCCAUCAGAAGACAGCUGGAUGCAACUCUUCCAUCCUUGCUGUUGCACAAGUCUGUGAGUUUUUGUUGUAUGUAGUUCAGUGGGCUGACAAGGUGGCUUGAAAGGAAAAAAAAAAAGCAGCAGAAGAUGUUUCACACUGUUCAGUAUCGACCUUUGAGACUGAUAGCCCAAAACAGUCUUUCUAAAAUUUGUUUAAAGCUGAUGUUUUCAAGACUGGUAACGUUGGAACAGAUAUCAAAGUCGUGGUUCUCAAGCCAUUCUCUUGUUGGAAAUAAGAAUAUUAUCCUGAUGGGACCUCCGGGUGCUGGGAAAACAACAGUUGGGAGAAUAGUAGGUCAGAAACUAGAUUGCCCUGUCAUAGAUAUAGAUGAUGAUGUCCUUGAAAGAACCUGGAAUAUGAGUGUGUCAGAAAAACUGCAGGAUGUUGGUAAUGAGCAAUUUUUAGAGGAGGAAGGAAAAGCCCUUUUGAGGUUUUCAGCAUCUGGAAGUGUCAUUUCCCUUACUGGGUCCAAUCCAAUGCACACUGCUGGCAUGCAGCAUGUGAAAAGAAAUGGAAUAGUUGUGUAUCUUGAUGUGCCCACAGUGGUCAUUAUGAGUCGGCUGAAGUCAAUGAAAGUGGAUCGCAUUGUGGGCCAGGGUCCUGCUGCUUCUCUUAAGGACAUACUUCAGUUUAGGAAGCAGUUCUACAAAAGGUGGUACGAUGUUCGUGUUCUUUGUGGGGGCAAUAUGGCAGCAGAGGUUGUAGCAGAAAAGGUGCUUGAUGCUGUGAAGAGAUACCAAAACUCAGAAGUGGAAACUUAUGUUUCAACUAGGAGUACACAAAAAAACUCUCACAAGUAUUUCAGUGAUGUUGUUGUUGAAGGCUUAGCCUCAGAUGGAGGACUUUUUGUCCCUGAGAGAGGACUUCCAGUGUUGACUGCUGAAGAAUGGCAAACUCUAAUAGGAGCAACUUAUGCUGAAAGAGCCCAGGUGAUACUAGAGAGAUGCAUACAUCCUGCUGACAUUCCUGCUUUUAAACUGAGAGAAAUUAUUGGAACUGCAUACGGGGAAAACUUUACUUGUUCUAAAAUUGCCCCAGUUAGACAUUUGACAGGCAAUCAGUUUCUCCUUGAGUUAUUUCAUGGACCAACGGCUUCAUUUAAAGAUCUUGCGUUGCAGAUGAUGCCACAUAUAUUUGCAUACUGCAUUCCCAGGAGCUGCAAUUACUUGGUUCUGGUAGCUACUUCUGGUGAUACAGGGAGCGCUGUCUUAGAUGGCUUUAGUCGUCUCCAUGACACUGACAAACAGAGAAUUGCUGUGAUGAGUUUUUUUCCUGAAGAUGGAAUAAGCCCAAUUCAAAAAUCACAGAUGAUUGGUUGUCAGAAAGAGAAUGCCUGGUCAGUAGGUGUCAAAUCUGAUUUUGAUUUUUGCCAGACUGCUAUGAAGAAAAUCUUUACCAACUCGGAUUAUACUGGCUAUCUUACAGUAGAGUAUGGCACUGCUUUAGCAGCAGCAAACUCCAUAAACUGGGCACGAUUGCUUCCUCAGGUGGUUUACCAUGCCUCUGCAUACCUCGAUCUUGUUCAUCAAGGUAUUAUUACAUUUGGAGACCCCGUAGAUGUUUGCAUUCCUACAGGGAACUUUGGCAACAUAUUGGCUGCCUUGUAUGCCAAAAUGAUGGGAAUCCCUAUUAGAAAAUGCAUUUGUGCUUCCAAUGAAAACAAUGUUUUGACAGACUUUAUAAGAACAGGUAUUUAUGAUUUGAGGGGAAGAAAAUUAGUUCCAACUUUUUCACCAGCAGUGGAUAUUUUGAAGUCCUCCAAUCUUGAGCGAUACUUGCACCUGAUUGCUGAUGGUGAUGGACAGCUGGUGACGCAGUUAUAUAACUGGCUGGAAAAUCAGGGCCACUUUUGCCUGCAGAAAGACCUACUUGAAAAGCUUCAGCGGGACUUGGUGGCUGGGUGGUGCUCUGAGGAAGACUGCCUUGCUGCCAUUCACUCUGUCUACAGCACUACAGGAUAUAUUCUGGAUACACACACAGCUGUUGCUAAAGUAGUUGCAGAUCGAUUACAAGAUAGAACUUGUCCAAUUAUUAUUUCAUCUACAGCUCAUUAUUCUAAGUUUGCACCUGCUAUCUUGAGGGCCUUGAGGAUUACAGAAAUAAAACAAAACCCAUUAAGUCAGCUUCACUUGCUGAGUUCUUACAGCCCUCUGCCUCCAGUCCACUGGGGCCUAUUAGCGACCCUGAAAAAGAAUGAGAAUGAGGGUCACCGGGUCUGUGCUGCUGAUUUAAGUAUGUUGAUGUCUUGUAUAGAAACCUUAAUUCAAAAUCAUUUUAUGAAAGUUUUCUGAGCAACCGGUCGGAUGUGUACUGUGUCAUUUGUGGUACCCUGACAAACUGCAUGUUUUAAUAAAGUCAUGAUUUAUCUGGCCUGUGUCCAGUUCACAGCGUAA